GUUAAAUGAUGGUCGCCCUGACUUGUACGUAACGUUGAAGUCUAUCCAGGUCACCACAUCAGAUCCUCCAGCUCAAGUUCCGAAAACUUGCGGCGCUCGAGUCUCGCUGGAAUAGCAUCGUGCACCAUGGAUAAGUCAUUAAAGAAUGAUUAUAUCCAAGCGUACCUCGACCGUCAGAAAGUCUAUGCACAUUCCUAUUCUUCUGAGGGAAUCGAUCUUCAUCGCCCGUCAAAAAUAUCCAAUGGGACACCGACAAGGACGCCGACAAGGAUGCGGUAUGAAGAAACGAAAAGGCUGAAAUUUGGGUUCGACACGCCUAUCCUCGUCCCCCGUGUGACCGGGUCUAAUGCUGUUGGUGCGGACGAACGCUCGGUCGUAGGGCUUCCCGCGAAGGCAACGCAAAAGGCCCGAAAGACUCAGAAGGCACUUGACACUGAGACCUCUAUAAAGGAAAACAAAGGCUCAGUGCGUGCACCGCUCAUCACCGCUCAACGUGAUCCAUCCAAGCGGAAGCGUAAGAAGGCGGAAGUCCCGUUUGGUUCCGACGAAGAACACGAGGCUAGACUGAGCGAGCGCCGAGAACGGAAACGCGUAAAGCGCGAUAUUGUGAAACCAGAUACCAACAUUGCAUUGCAUAUUAGCCCACCAGCAAGUGAAAGGGAAGAUGGGAAGGUUGCUCGUAAAAGGGGAAAGAAACGCUCGGGCGCUGCAGGUCUUGCACUCUUGCACGGAUUCUCAGCAACUAAUGUCGGUAAAAACCGCCUCACAUUGAAACCGGUGGCUUCUCUCGGAGUGUUUAGCAAGGGCAAAUCAUCUGCCAAGACGAAGGUAUGCAAAGCGAAGGAGCCAGCCCAAAAGUUAUUUUCAGAAAAAAUGUUUCUCAACAAGACAACUAAGCGACACGAGUCACUGGUGGAAGAACCGAUUGUACUCGAUUCUUCCUCUCGACCAUCAUCCGCUGUGAAGAAGAUCAAGGUCACAAAUCAUCACAAAGACAAGAAAUCGACCCGAUCGACUAGCCAUCAUUCUUCGACUCCGGACCUUCCUAGGGGAAGUACAGCCAUGUCAGAGCCGUGGGAUAUUGAGAUUCAAAGCAAAUGUCCGUCUUCAGACGGUUUCAGUCCUCAGCCAGGCAAACCCAUAGCCGGAUCGCUAGUACUCGACCCCCGUAUGGCCAGUUGGCACGACCAGGAGCUGCCAUCUGAGGGCCAGGUGAUACACUCUUCCAUCAUAAUAACUCCUAUGAAAGAAGCGUCUCAUGACUGUAUGCCCGACGAAAUCUUGUCAUCAGCUCCGGUGUCUGUCACCGCGACCAUCUACGAUCUUGACGGCGAAUCGUCUAUCCAUCCCUCUCAUUCCGCAUCUCAGGUUGGCGUCAAACGACUUGAUCAUCUAAACCCUUCUGUCGAGCUUCUCACUUCGAAGUAUUUUGCUGUGCAUGACGGUCACGACGAGGAGCGUGUAUCACCGACGUUCGAUCAACGAUACCCUAUAGCUAACUCUUCUGGUGUGAUAUCGGACUGCAAUCCGCGUGACGCAUAUCCCCUCUCUGUUUCCCACCCGCACGACACAAGCACAGCGCGUCGCGCCGCUCCUUUGAAUGCCAUGGUCGAUAGCAGCCCAUUACGCAUCCAUGGUAUCCCAGAAGAGCAUUUUCUUCCCUUAGCUGACAACCUUAUGCCAACUUAUCGAGGUCACUCUAUCACACAGUAUAAUCGCUCAAACGAGGAUGACAUUUCGGCAUGGUAUGUUCCAGACGCAUGUGCCACCAGCUUCUUUGAAGGGGACUCUGACUAUCAUGAUCUUCGAGACCAAAACCUGGUAUUUCUGGAACCUCCACAUAUUGUCAAUGAGCCUUCCUUCUACCCUCCGGUGCAGGCCUACUCAAGCGACGGGCUGCACGAUAUCUCAGCGGAUGACAUGGUCGUGCUUGACGAGUCAUGUGAAGGUCCUAGGAAACCCAUCAAGUAUACACAAGAGGUGGACGACUACGAACACUCAGACCUCGCACUCGAACGAUCUUCAUUGCAUCAUGGUUCUUUCUCGUCACCCACCCGCUCUCACGCGACAGCCGAGGCGUACGACGAUAAUUCCUGCCCACUGCGCCCGUUCUUGCAAGGUCGUGCGAUGCUACUUGGUAUCCCCCCGUACGUUCCGUCUUGGCAUGACUCGCAUGACCCUGAACACGCGAAGUUUGGGAGUGGUUUGCUGUCAGCUGAAGUAGAUGUUGCAAAAAACUUGAAAGACCAUUGGCGGCCGCAUAGAUUAUGAUAGGUCAAACCAACUUGAAGCAGAUAGUUUUUCACUUGUGUUUGCGCUAUAGUAUUUGGAGUAACUAUGUAACUUGUCACGAAC